GGUAGGAAACAUGGCGACGGAGAUUGCCUUGAAGUAAGAUGUGAUAUAAGCGAUAAUUAUGGUGUUUUUUUGCACUAUUGUAGAGGGUUUUUUUCUAAAGCAGCUGGAAAACACUUCUUACAUUUUUGACUUUCCUUUUCUGCCUUCAUAUAGGAUUGCUCCCGCGGUGGAUGGUCAAGCAAGUGAUCUGCUUCAUGACCACACGAGUGGCAGCGAGGAUGAGGUAUAAACUUGUCCGAAAUUGGAAAAUGUGCCAGUCUCUCCUGUAAUGCAAUAGUUAAAGUUAGCGUCGUCGUCUCCAUGUUGUAGAUCGUUUUAUUGGUUGUGGUUGUGGUAUGCUAUAUUUCCGUUUGACUGACAAUGGUCUGUGUAAACUGAUGUAAAUACAUCACGUGCACCCAGCUUAUGGAUCGAGGAUCUAAGCAGUGGGCUUAUUCGUGAAAAGUUUCGGUUUGAAGGCAUUUAGCCCAAACAGUUUCACAUAAACCCAGCCAGCCGGCAUAGCACCCCUGUGAACAUAAUAUUAUGGGAUUUACCCGUUGACCUUUAGCCUUAGAAGAGGAAAGGUAAGGGGGGGGGGAAUGGGGGCAGAAGGAACGUUUGUUCUUAGCCCCGAUUUUCACCUAUUGAGGAUAGAUGAAGCCAUGUCUCUAUCAGAUUUUUCACCCUUGCACUCCUUGUGGCUGUAACACGUUCGAUCAUCUUUCUGUCUCUUGUCGCUCGUACCAAACUAGCCAAUUCACAGACCAAUGAACGAUCUGUUCCCUUUUGUUUGAGGAAUUUGGCAAACACACAAGCAAAGUAGGGCAUAUGUUGUAGUUAAUUUUUUAUGUCAGGUAAUUUUUAUUUUUCCUUUGUUUCAACUUCAUUACCUUAUAUUACCAUACCCAAAGGCAAAAUACAAAUAAAAAAUUAACUACAACAUAUAUGAAUACAAAUAUGUGAUAAAUUCAGUGUUUGGCUUCAGGCCAAAACCCUGCUUGUGCAGUUGUUAUUUGUCUCCUUCCAUUUUGUAGGAUGUAAAAGGAAGUAGUAUAUUAUUUUCAUGAGUCGCUUGUCUUUUCCUACAGCAAGAGAGUGAAAAUGAAGAGAAGCAUGAAAAACUCCUCAAGGAAAUCACUUCAUUGUCCUCAAGCAGCAAGAGAAGGUUAGUCCAAGUUGAAGUAUAAUUAACAUCAGAGAGUGCUAAGUACAGUGAUUUUGUUACAAUUUGCUAAUAGUGAGUCCUGGGAUUCAUCUUAUGAAAAAUUGUGAGUCCCAGUCCAAAAUCAAUGCGUCCCAGUCCAGAAUCAACACGUCCCAGUCCAGGACCAACGCGUCCCAGUCCAGGAUCAACGUGUCCCAGUCCAGGAUCAACGCGUCCCAGUUCAAAAAACAAGGAGUCCCUACUACUACUACUAACAAUAACAUAUUUAACCAGGGUAAACCCGUCAGCUUAAGCUGUUAUAGAUGGGUGCCCUGGACAAAUAAAACAUGAACAAUUAAAGGAAAAAAUAACUAUAACAGAUCAAGUAUCAGAAAAGUGUAAGAACUAUGUACAAUGUCGAUGGAUAAAAAGUAAGAAUUAUAUAACUACGUAAAUUAAGACUCUUAUAUUAAAAGAUGUCACAACCCUUAUGAAACCAGACUAUCACAUUUAAUCUGUAGAACAUUAUCAAUAGUAAAGAAUUAUCUCCUUAAUACAUUGUAGUCAGUGUACUGAAAUCAAAUUACAAUAUUUCUAGCGAAUUUAGAGAAAACAGUUAUAAUGCUGUCACUCUCCUCAGAUGCCUGUCUCUUUAAUUUGUACCAGUAUAAGUGCAAAACAUUUUUGGGUGGGAUUUUCUAAUAAUAAAACAAUCUUAGAAUCAGUUAGACGAAAGGUUUGCUGACAAUGAACCACUGUCGGCCUUCUUUGUUCAGCCACCUUCUUUCUAUAAAUGCUUGAAAUUAAUUUUGGUCAACAUCCUUUUUACAGACAGAAAACAUUGCCGCAGCGAUCAGAGCCAAACAAGACAGUCUCAGAAUUUCACUUAAGUGCUGUUAAAGGUAUUGUUUGGGGAAUGAAGUGUUUUUUAACAGUUCACUUUAACACCUUAUAGAUUGAACCUUCUUACAACACUUUAGAAAGUACUGGUCUACUCAGACUCAAGAGUGAUUCUCUCAUCAACUUUCUCCUAACAAAGUCAAUACAACAUGAGGGAAAAGUUUUGAGAAUUCACAAAAUGAUCAACAAAGAGAAUGCUUUGAUCUUUUAUCAAAUUCUCUCAAUUAAAUUUUUUUGUGGAUAUUGGGGGUUAAGGGAUACAAUCAUGUAGUCACUGUGCCUUGUGGACAACUAAGAAUUGUUUUGAAGUGCUAUAAUUUGGUUGGCCAUAACAUAUACAGUUAAAGAGCAUUUUAGAAAGGCAUUAAUAAGGCAUUAAUAAGGCAUUUAUUAUGAGAAGGUUUCAGUUGAAGAGUUAUGCAGCAAUAUGAAAGCAUAACAAUCUAUAAGUCAAAGGUUACAUUAUUAGAGGAAAAUUAACUUCCUUUGGUUUUAAUCAUGACAGAUAGUAGUCAACAAGUUGAGUUGAGUGAUCUUAUAGGAUCACUCAACAAAACCAAUGAACAUGGCAAUCUUAAGAAGAAGUUGGUAAGUAUUCACGAAAAAAUUCAAAUUUCUUUUUCGUAAGAUUAUAGUACUCUGAAAAUGUUCUAUGAAAGAGGUUUUUGUAGAAUAGAUUUUGCCCACAGAUUUAAAGGUUAGAGUGAUGACAAAUCUUGUUAUUUUUAACACCAAUUCUUGGAGUAUUAGUGACAUGGUUUAUUAUUAAUUUGAAUGAUGUUACAUUCCCUGUAAAUUUAAAACAAUACUGUUAAUCUUGGACUUUUUCUGUUCAUUAACAGUAUGUUUAACCCUUUAAACCCUAACAUUAAAAUUCAAAUUCUCAUUUGUUGUCCCUAUACGUUUUCAAUAGAAGUAGUGGGGAGAAUUUGAUGAAGUAUCAAUUAGAUUCAUCUUGUGUGAUCAUAUCCUUAAUUCUCAUGACCACUGUUUUUUAUAAAGCAGUGAUAAUACAAGGAGAAAUUUGAUGCUGAUCACUCUUAGGGCCUAAAGGGUUAAAAAGUGCAAAUUACUUAUCAGUAACUAAAAAAUCAGCAGAAAAACUAAAAUCAGAGAUGCAGCCAGGGAACAGUUGUCCUGCUUUUGUGUGGAAAAUCAUUUGGCUGUCAUUUUCAAUAUAAAUUAUUGUGGAGCUGCCAUGCUAGAUUAUGUGGCAAACCCUUAGUAGGGUAUACACCUUGUGGUUUGUCCCCUCAGCACAAUGUUCAUUGAAUAAUCCAGUAUGGCACACCAUGUUCUAAUAAAACUGCCGAAUGAUUUCAUUGCAUAAAAUAGCUCUAGGACCUUUUCAGUUUUGUUAAUGUGUAGAAAAAUUACUUGCAAGAAUGUGAUCUGUUUUGGGAUGCUGGAAUGUGUCAGAGUGACGUUUGAAACCUUCUAAUCUAAUUUCAGGAUAGUAUGCAAAGAAAUUCAGGCACCCUUGAUGUUCCUUUAACAAAACCUGAAGCAGAAAAGGUGAGGAAAAUAAUCUGACAGAGGUGAUUUUCACCAGAAAAAAAAUUGUACUAAUGACAUGUCAUCUUCUGUUGUCAGAUUCAACGUACUAUUGCAUACGGAGAAACCAAACGAGAUAUUGAAAAGUGGGCACUUACAGUCAAGAAAAACCGAGAGGUAAAGUUAUGUACUUAUUAUUCCACCAAACAAUUUUGUGGAGGUUAUUUUGGGUGUUGAAAUAAAGUCUCAAUUGGAAACUGAACCUGCAAUCAUUGUGAUGACUGGCUGGAAUACUCUAACAUUGAACUAUCCAUCAAGUGUAAACUACGAACAACAGACAUGUACACAGCUCACUUGGGGUAGUCUGUUGUAAUGAAAAAUAUAGAUAUAUAAAAACAGUUAAUUAAUCAAAGGUCUCUUGAAAACUCUGGCAAAAUUUGAGCUAAAUGAAAGGUGGUCCCGUAAUUAUUGACAUGGGUCCUUUAUAAUGUUCCGAGGACUUCAAUUUUACCUCUUACACAAGCCAUCCUAGGGAACACACACAAUGAAAUGACUUUAUGGCUUGACUGGACAAUUUCAUUCCAACUUUUUUGUACCACCCCAAGCCUUGAUUUAUUGUUUUUAGGAACAAUCUUUUCUGCCAGUGAUUUCAUUAACACAGAGAUGUUUUUCAAGUUCAAGUGGCUUUUUAAUGGAUAGUGUAACAUUUUGAGUGAUUUUUAUUUUUUAGGCUGAACAUCUGUCAUUUCCACUAAAACCAUUUGAACCACCCAGACCAUCCCUCAGAGGAUUAGCUGUGAAUUUUAAGGUAAUGUUUCCUUUCUCUCCCAAAUUUUGUAUAUCUUGUAUUUCUUCUUGGUUAAGCUAUGUCCAAAUGGACACAACAACUAUCAACAUUGUUGGGCCAACAUUGUUGCAUCCACAUUGGCAGUGGUGUGCAAAGGAAUGCAACAACUCCCAACAAUGUUGCAUUUUGGUGUUUGUUACUAGUGCCAAAGCCAAUGUUCAUUGUUAAAAUAAUGUAUUGUGUUAUUGUUGAAGGAAAGUAGUGUUUGAAAAUACAUUGACUUGUGUUUAUUUGAUCAUUAUUCAGUUAAACAAUUUAAUGCAUGGCAACUGGGAAUUCCUUUCUGCAUUAUUUAUUGCUUCUUGCUUUUUCCUAUGUAGCCCCGCACUCCAUUAGAAGAAGAAGUUGCAGCUGUCCUAAGAGGUAGCUCUCAUGUGCUGGAGCGAAGCAACAAAGAGCUGACUGAGGAGGAAGAGAAAGCUUUACUGGCUAUGGACCUUGAGGAAGUAAGUGAAUAAGAAUGUUGCAUUCUGUAUAAUAAAAAUCCCCCACAAAGCAUCAACAGCUACAAAAACAGGCCAGGAUAAAUUUUUCUGGGUCAGUUAGAAUGAACCAUGCAAUGUAUGCCUGCCUUGUGCCGGAUAACUGUACAUGUAUUUUAACUAAUGGGGUCUUAUGUUUGUUGUUAUAUUUUAUGCUUAUGGGGCACUCUUUGCUCAGUUUAUUCUACUUAACAGUAGAUUGUUUACCCAGGCGUAACUUAAAUCAAUCAAGAUUGUGGGAUAGCUAGCUAUCCUCCCACACAGAUGUUCUCAGGGGUUCGUCACGUGUUCCUGCCCCACAAAUGUCUGCUGAAUUGAGAGGUUAAAUUUCUUUCCCAUUGUUCACAAAUAUCAGCUGGAGGGUACAUGGAGAUUAUCGGAGAACCAAUUGGCGUUGUUGAAGUCAAAGUGUUGACAAACCAAACACAUACAUGUCAAGCUGGGUAGAGUGUGAUACAUGACCAAAGAGUUUAGCUUCAGACAAGAAUAUUUAGGUGAUAAGUGUUGGUGUUUUGUAUAUUUCUCUUUGUAAAGGCUGGAUUAGAUGUCAUUUCCUCAUAAAGUUGUUCUGUGGGUGAGGCAACGGCGGGGUUGUACAUUGUAACUGAACAAAGGCAGAAUUUUUUUGGCACUUUAUUGUUUUGUGGUAAAGCCAACUUCUGUUCAGCAAAUUAAACCUCUCAGGUAAUUUUUUCAAUGAGAUCAUGAGGGCAGUCUCCAGUACGAAGGCAUGUGAGUUAACUGAGUAGUUUGUUCUAAAAGUGUAAGGUCUUCACCUUUCAAGACCUUUCUGAUCUUUUCUGGAGCUGAGUCUAGCAUGAGCAAAAUUUCUCAAGGUCCAAAGUGCACUUCCCAGGUCUGGAAGUGUGCUGUGAUUGGUCUAUGCUCUUUACCGCUCAAUUUAGCAGAUGUUAGUGGGGCAGGAACAUGUGUUGAAACCCUAACAAUGACUGCAUGGGAUGCUAUGGGAGAGCAUGAGACUGAUAGUCUGAAUUUAGACUUAAUUGAAAUCCUGAAGACAUCAUAUCUAUCUAUUUCGGGCACAGCCGCACUGAUUUGAUAACUCUGUCCUAUUCCCAUCAGUUGGCCAUGACUGAUGCAAGAUCCUGUCUCAUAAGACUAGUGUCAUUCUCUAGGUGGUCAUUGAAUGUUGUUGCUGGGCACCCCCUUGAGUAUCUGCAGUGUUUUGGUUCCUAAAGAAGUAGUUGGGAAACAAUCUCAUUCUUGUUUCUCCAACAUUGGCCACUAAUAUAAACUGCAGCUGGCAUAUCUGGAGCCUUGUCGAAUUUGGAGGCACGUCACCAAAGAGGCCGCUCUUUGUUAGGUAUACUGUAUACUCUUUCAAGCUUACAUUAAGGGAAUGAUAUAUUUACAUGUAAGCAAUAUAACAACUUUUUUCACGUAGAAAAUUAUUAUUUUUUAAAUCUUACAAUGUAGCAACAUUUGCACUCAUUGAACCCUGCAGGCAAAGGAAAGAAGGCAUGAACUUCAAAAGCUGAGAGCAUUGCAGUCUUACUAUGAAGCCAAGUGUCGCAGAAUGAAGAAAAUCAAGAGCAAAAAGUAAGUCAACUUCUGGCUGUGUGUUCACCGUUAAAAAUUACCAUGAAUCUUUGAAUUUAUCUACAAAAUUCUCUUUAAGCGAAAUCAUUUUUGGCACACAUGUGGCACAUCAACAUUGAGCAUUCAUCUGCUGUGUGCAUUGGUGCAGUUGUUUCCAUAACAGGGAGCUGUCAAGAUUGCAAAUUACCCCAUGUUUUUGCCUAGACCAAGAACACCCAAGCUGGCAAAUGAAAGGUCUGGAGCUAGGGUGAAAAUGGCGAUCGAAAUUGGGAGAGGUAGAAACCCCUUGCUAUUACUGUCGCUCUUGUAAUAUGGACAGCAGCUAAAUCCCUAGCAAAAACAGAUGACAUUUGUGACUUGUGACUGAGAGAAACUCCUGUUAGCACAGACUCUCACCAUUACGGACCAUAUGCUGCCCAUUCUAGGCACCUCUUUUAAAUUUUUUUUACGGACCAUAUGCUGCCCAUUCUAGGCACCUCUUUUAAAUUUUUUUUAUGGACACUCACUCAUGGUAGUUGACUGUGGCAAGGUGUUUGAAAUGAAGAGGUGGCCCUUGAGCAAGGUGUCUGUAUGAGUGAGGCACCCAUAGUAGUGAGUUGUUGAGACUUGUGAGAAGUCUGUAAUAGUAAGGUGUCUGACGUAAAGGCAGGGCCGUCUGUAAUAAUAAUUAUAACAAGGUGUCCAUAUUAGCGAGGUGUACAUAGUAGUGAGGUAUCACUACUACUACCAUAAUAUUUUACAUGGUGUGUAACACGAUCGCUUGACAGUUUGAUCAGUCAAUUUCAUAUUCAACUCUACAAUAAACAGUAAAUGAAGGCUAUUCAUGCUGUCAUCUGUAAAAUUUAACCACAAUCAAGGUCAGAAAUAACUCCUCUGCAUCCUGUGGCUAUUCCUGUUGGAUUUGAACUCUUUUCUUAUAUUCCAAUAAAUUUGCAUAAAUGCUUGCCAUCUGUGUUAAACAGAUUUUGACAGCGUGUGGUUAAACUCUGUCUGGUUCAUACUUCAGAUAUCACCGUGUGAAAAGAAAAGCUGAGAUGCGAGCAGCUGCAAAGAUAGCUGCAGAAGGAGAUCCCCAGAAUGAAGAUGAUACUGAGACUUUAGAAAAGGCUGACAGGCUGAGAGCAAUGGUGAGAAUUUAAUAGCAACAGAAAUAUUUUAAGCUCUCUUAAUGCACAAUGGUUAACUCAAUCAGUUUAAUAGGUUGUUCAUUUUACUGAAAAGAUUGUGCUCCCUUUCAUUUGUAUUUUGUGAGUGCAUUUUAUUUAUUUACCUCACCAACAAAUUACAAGAACAAAAAAGAUACAAAAGUGGAGAAAGUAAUGGCAAGGAGGCCUUAAUUAGGCUUCCUCAAUUUUAAUUUUUCAUAGAUGACAUAAAAAUUAUGAUGACGGAUACAAUUAUUCAUCACAAGGAAAGUAACAAUAUAAUAACAAAAUUUACAAAAAUGUACAAAAAUAUUACAAAAAUGUUAAACAGUUUUUUCCAGUAUAAUUAUAUAGUUCUAAUAGAUAGACAUACAAAUAAUUAUUACAAAUGAAUGCCUUAAGUGCUUUCAUAGUUGCUGACUCUGUUUUUGACUACUCUUGGAUGUGAAACAACGACAACAACAAUCUUUAUUUGUACUCUCUCUUGUCUUAAAAACAAAUUACAACAACGAAAAUAUUGAAAGUAAAAUUAGUACUGGUUGCCUGGAAUAACCAUAGGGGAGAAGGCAGCCAGUUGACAUCAGCAUUAAAUAGAAAUAAAUUACAUAAAGCAAUAAAAGGUGCCUGUUUUUGUUUCAGGAACGUGUUUCACUCAAGCAUCGGAAUACAUCUAAAUGGGCAAAACACUUGAUGGCAAAGGGAAGCAAAAAUGCAGAAGUGAGAUGAAAAUUUCAUAAUUUUAUAGUUUUCAGCACCCCCUUUCGUUCCUCCGUCUUAUGUAUGAAGAUCAUGUGAUGAAGCUUUUUGUAGCUUCCUUGAUGGGGAGAUGAUUUUUCUUAUAAACUGUUCUGUUGGUUUUUAUUUGCCAAUGGAUUGCAUGUGGAUUGUUGAAAGAAAUCAGAAAUGCUUAACUUGAAGUUUAACCCUUCAAGCCCUAAGAGUGAUCAGCAUCAAAUUUCUCCUUGUAAUAUCAAUGCUUUGUAAAACAGAGUGGUCAUGAGAAUUAUGGACAUGAUCACACAAGAUGAAUUUGCUUGAUAUUUUAUCAACUUCUCCCAACUACUUCUGUAGAAAAUAAAUAGGGGCAACAAAUGAGAAUUCAAAUUUUGAUCUUAGGGUUUGACGGGUUAAACCGUUUCAAUAAGUGUAAACGAAGAAGAAAAAAAUACGCAGAGGCUACUUCAAACUCAAAGAAAACGUGAGGCCAACGUAGAGUACUAAACAAGAGUCCGCACAAGUGGAAAUUGUAGUCUCGCUGUACAUCUUAUGGCUUAAGAUAUUUCUAAAGCCUAAUAUAGACGGUACAACAUUGUCUCCUGCGAUGUGCUUACGAUAUGAUUACAACCCAAAUUGUACCUUGUAAAUCAAACCUACGAUAGCCGUAAGUCAGUUGUAAGUGAGAUGUACGCGAUACAGUUCGUGCGAGGCGGUGGUAGCAUUAUCGUAAGCACAUCGCAUGCGACAAAGUUGAGCCAUGUAAAUCGGUCUUUCGUCCUAUGUAAUGGAACCCCAAUUCCGGAUUCCGGGAUAUUUUUACUUAUGGAAUCCGGAAUCGUGGACUUUGGAAUCCGGUACCUGGCCUGAAUCCAGAAUCAAGAAUCCAAGACUAUCUUGGAUUGUCUUACAUGGGGCGAGGUCUUAAGAGAUCAUUUGGCCCAGUCAGGAAAUAGCGAUGUAACCUACCUAUCUUCCUCUGUCUAGGCCAAGAAAUUACUUCAGGAACAGCUUCGGAUAAGCCGAAACCUUACAGAGAAAACUGCGGCGGAAUCAGAGAGUGAAGAUGACAUGGAGAUGCCAGUACCAGAAGCAGAAGCUGAUGUUGAUGGUGAUGGCUAUGGGAAUCUGGUAACCUCUGAAGACAAUCCUUGGAAACUCGAUACAACAGGCGCACCACAUCUAGCGGAGAUGACUUCAAGCUUAGACAAUGGUAAUAGCAGAUCAAAAUAAGCGGGCAGUUAUAGUUUUGGCCGGUCUGAUAACUAUUACUACUGUCUUGGGGCAAACUGGCCAGAUUUUUUUUUAGGUUCUUAGAAUGUGUGUCACCUUGAACCGCACAUCAUAGGCUCUUCUGAACAGCAACACAUAUGCGUCUUAAGAGCGAUCUAUCAAAUUUGGGCUUAAGUGCUUCCUGGAAUCUUUAUUGAGGAGUGUAGAGGGGAUUGUUUUUUUAUGUGUUUGAAUCUGUUGGAAUGACUUUAUUUUGGAGCUUUCUUCAGAACAGAUUUCAUGUACAUUGACGCUCCUUAAACGUUUUUGAAGCAAUCGAAUGAAUUUUAGGCUAUUUUAUCAGUAUACUGACAUAUCCUUCAUAUACAGUGAAAAACUCGCGAGUAAGAAGCUUUUUUAAAGAACCUGUUAGGCUAAAAUGUGCCAGUUAGGCCCCCUCCAUAGCAAUAACCUGUUUGGGUUAAAAUUUGAAACAGGUUCUUAUUUUCCAAAAUCUUUU